CAGCAGGCGUGAGCACGAGAGUCGCAGACGACAAUCUCCAUCCCGGAUCUACACUUGGGCCAGUCAAUCAAGCGUCACAUUGUGUUUGCAUUGCGGUGUUGGGAUAGAAAAGGACAUAGUGAAGCAAGCCGAGGAGGAGUGAUCGCCAAAUCUGGACGACCAAUCCGGUUGACAGACGGUCCCAUAAAGAGACCUAGGAUUAGUGUGGUCGCUUACAAUAAUCUUAUUUUGAAAGGUUAAUUUAUUUCCACCCAUCGCUAUUUAUACGUUGUGGGAAGUCAACACCAGGUUGGAUCACUUAAUACCCGGCGGCAUAACUUCAGCUCAGGCGUGCACUUUCCUCGAGGAUUUUCCUGGUUCGGUCUAACACUGUGGUUCUUAAAACUUAUUUUGUGACAUGGCGGAUGUGUAACUACGCCUUGAUCAAAUUGGAAGUCACAUCUUUCAAAUUGGCCAAGUGGCUGUGCUGUCAUACGACUUGUGGACAUAUGACCUAAGGUUCAAGUUGAAUCCCGAAAAAGAAGUUUCAAAAUGACCAGCUUGAUGUCAUCACCAUCCGUGAACCUUGAUUCUGAGAUGCAGGAAAGGGAUGACACUGCAAAUCUGUUGAACUUUGUUGACAUGGCUUCAAGUAACAUCAAACUUGCUCUGGACAGACCGUCAAAGUCGAAAAGGAAGGUAAAUCACAGAAAAUACCUCCAGAAGCAACUGAAACGAUGCGGUGGCUCCCCGAGGCGCUCUGGAGAAAGCAGAACUGGUGUUGUGAACAAUGUGUCUUCUGGGAGCAAACCUAACAGGAAAGAAACGUCACAGAUUGGUGUUCAGAUUAAGUCUCUCCAAGCUCUGUUUGAUCCCCGGACGCUCCAUGAACGUUGUUGUACUGAUCAACCCAAAACAACUGGUCCAAAACAAUCACUGAGAAGUCGAAAUUUACCAGCAUCAUUUUUCACGGAGCCGGGAGCAAGAACUGGGGACCGAGAUGGUUUGGAUGUUGUCGACCCUGUGAUGCCACCGUUGGCGUUAGCGACGUUUAAUACAUUAGGGUUCGAUCCUACAUUAACCUCAUACCCGUCCUUACCCGCGGACACGAUUGAGAGUAUCUUGGGACAGACCGACAUUAGUGAUUUGUUAUCGGGGUCUUGGCAGGACCCCCCACGUGAUGCAGCCCGGACCCCCGGGAGUGUUGGGACUUGUAGUCCAAGAUCAUUCUCAGACUCGUCGGAAACCUACUGCAGUUCGUCCCCCGAUCUCUCAACCCGAAGCCCGUCAUGGCCGUGCUCAAACUCAAAUAUGGCGGCAAAUUUCAUGCAGUCCAAUGAAGAAAAUGUCAACAACUUCAACAUCUACCAGCAACAUCAACAGUCUCAUCACCAUCAUCACGUACAGCAACAACAACCACAACACAAUAACGAACAUUUCCAUCUGAAUUUUAGUCAAAUCGCACCUGUUUCACUGGAAACUGAGAGCCAUUUCCCCAAUCAGCAGACGAUAUCCGGUAUGUCGUCUGCCACAACAUCAUUGCCCGGAUUCCAUCAGACAUUUCCAAACUCUUUCGCAGUGCGCCAAGGCAAUGUGAUUCCUUCAUCGUGGCAGGGAGUAAACAUAGAACCCAACUAUACCUAUUUGUAAUUUAUCUGUAUUACAUGUACUCCAUAUUUGCAAUGACGAACUGCCAUUUUGAAACUGUGCCAUAAUUAAUUUGUGCAAGAAGUUCCGACGACUCGUCCGUUUCACGGAGCGACGAAUAACUAGCUUUCACGUCGAAAGUCAGCAAGGUAUAUAUUUAUAACUGUGACAUACCUUAUAAAUUUGACGGAUUCAGGAUAAACUGAUUUAUCAUCAGGUUUAUGAUGAUUAUUAGAACAAGUAAUAUGUCUUUAAAUGUAACAUGUGUACAAACAUGACGUGUACAUGACAUUUGUCCUGAAUUUAUUUUGGGAUGCAUACUACACAUUAUUAUCAUAUGCUUCAUUGUAUAUCAAACAUUCGUAAACUAUCGGUGAUGAGGGAAAUUGUUUCCUAUGAAAACAGAUUCCACGUCACUGCUCAUUGUGAACAAGAUGCUGUUGUAGCUCCAUGUCAUGUUCAUAAUCAACGACCUAAACAUGUGAUAUAACA